AUGGAAACGGACAUGCCUGGAAGAGACCGUCAGUCAAAGCUAGCGGGUGAUGUUCUUGACGCUGGAAGAAGAGCAUUCGAUCCUGCGACCGACGUUGCCUCAAGAGAAGCCGCUCAAACAGAGUUCCAGCAUCUCAUCAACGAGAACGGAUCCUGGAACUUGCUUCCUGUCUUGAAUGCAUUGGUCAAGCCAAAUGUUGCACCGACAUGGCUGCGGCCCGAGUUGAUGAAGAUAUUAACCUUGAUUCCUCUUCGGCCUGACGGUGUUCGAGGGACCAUGGAGUUCAUAUUCUCUGUGCAUCCGAGCAGCACUCUUAAAGCAUCCGAGGCAGCCACUCCUCAGAAAAGUGGCGCCAACAUCACUCAGGAAGCCAUGGCCGUGGUUACUCGCAUCCUCACCUCACCCCCUGCGUCCAUAUCGCCCGAAGACUGGUUCUCCAAAGUUGCGCCCCAGCUGAUCGUGUUGUUGGAUGGGAACGAAGGCGCUGAGCUUAGUACAGCUGCGGCACAGAUAAUCAUGUUUGGGGUGCUGGGGAGAAGACAGUUCGGCGCACCUGGAUCCCCCGGCUGGAACGUUUUCGUCGAGCCUCUAUUGCACAGUCUGAACCCUUCCCGAAAAGGCACCGGCGUUACAGCCCGCGAUGGCCCAGAGGAACACGACGUUGUGGACCUGAGUGACAAGGCUGUCCUGACCACGGCGGACGACCUCUUCUCAACGCUUCGGCGCAUGUCUUCGUUAAUCAACUCCACACCUUACCCAGCACAAACAAAAAGAAUGCUCGACCCGGUCCUUCCUCAGUUAUGGGCGAUAUCAUGCCAGAGCAGGGGGGGCCAGAAAACUGAGGAGCGCUACUCAAAACCAGCAAGGUCAUUGCUGCACACCUUUCUCAAAUUGAGCGUCUCGGUGUCUAAGCUACACUUGGUUAUCGAAAACCUACUUUACGAAGGGGAGUUGAUGGAAACGCCCCGAUGGCGGUACCAGACAACUUCCGACGGUUGCCUCCAAAUAUCUGCCAUCCCCCUCGGCCAAGGGCCUCAGUUACCAGAAUUGGACUGGAACGAAAUACAGACUCGCUCCGAGGCUCUCAUACGACUCAUGACAGCUAGCUGCACGCCAGAGGAGAUAUCUUCCUUCUUCUUGGAACUCCUUGCCCGGUGGCUCCAGUCGACCACCUCGGCAGGAAAGACAGAGGUACUACUUCGGCCAGAAGACGACCAAUCUGGCAAUGAAAUCACGCAACUUUUGGAGAUUGCAGUACUGCAGAAAAUGCUGGAACGGAUUCCAGACAAGUUAGUCAGCCGCGUCACGCAAGUCUAUGAGCUUGCUUGUCAAAUUCUAGACCCCAGCGGCCUCCGGGACCAGCCGGAUGACAUCAUCGCGGUGGCCUUGAGCUUGCUCAACCUGGUCAUCACGGCCCCGAAUUUCAAAAGGUCCAACCUCAAAGCUGAGGUUUUGCAAAAUCUUGAAGCGUCGCUAGAGUUACUUGGCCAAGCAGGGCGACCAGAGGUGUCUCCAACAGCAAAGAAUCUUCAGCUCCUACUCCGAUAUCGCGAGGCGAUUGAUCCUGCAGAAGAAGAUGCCUUUGUGCCGACCAAUAGGCAGAUCGAGGACAGGAGGACGUACAAGCUUGCCUUGGAAUAUAUCACGCAGGCAGACAAUCCUCCGCCCAUUCGCUCGGAAGGCCUCAACUUGAUUUCUGGCCUAGUGGCCUCCAACAGCACUGUUCUGGAUGUGCAGGCUACCCUAGUUCUCCUUUCGUCUCUGCUUCAAGACGGCGAAGAUUUCAUUAAUCUUCGCGUCGUGAAGCUCUUCACACAACUGGCCAAUAAACAUCCCAAAGCAACCACGCAAGAACUUCUCGAACACUACUUGGAUGCGAAGGAGACAUCAUCGACGGACGUGCGCUUACGGUUUGGAGAGGCUUUAGUUCAAGUGAUCGAGCGCCUCGGGGAGACAUUCGCCGGCGAUGUCGCAAAGCGUAUCUCCGAGACGUUGUUGUCAAUUGCUGGGAGGCGGGGGCACCGACCAAAAACAGAAGCCAAACAGGCCCGUGAGCAACGGCUCCAGGACAUGAAGAAGAAGCAGGCAGAAGAUGCGUGGGGAGGAGACGUUCCUGACCUCGGUGACGACCUGACCGAGGAGGAGCAAGCAAAGAAUGAAAUAUUGACUCAAAUCGUCGAAGGCUGGGAAAGCAAGAGGGGCAGCGAGGACGUCCGCAUGCGAGCAUCCGCUUUAUCCGUUUUCUCUGCUUGCCUCGAGACAAACAUCGCCGGUAUUGGGCCUGAUUUAGUCUCAAUCGCCGUGGAUCUCUGCAUCAAUGUUCUCGCGUUGGAACGAGAAAUCGAGAAGGGUAUCAUUCGUCGUGCAGCCAUCUUGGUUGUUCUGGGAUUCGUCAAGGCGCUCGAUGCCGCGAAACAGUCAGGACGGAGGCUCGGUUUUGGAUUGACAGAUCAGAGCCGGGAGGACAUCACGAGAACCCUCAAAUACGUUGCCGUCACAGACAAUGAUGGCUUGGUACAGCAGCAUGCCCGAGAUGUUAUUGAAAGCUUGGAGGCCUGGCAGCUUUCAUCAAUGAUGUCUUUGGGAAGGUCAGCAAUGGAGACAGGCAUCGGCAGAUUAGAGGGCUUGACCAUCGACCAAGAUCGGACAUUCCCGUCUGUCAAUACCAAACGACCUAGGAUAGAAGAGAUCGAGUAA